ACGUACAGUGGUUGGAAAGCCCAAAAACCCUAAUUAGUGCAAAACAUCCGGACAAUUGUUUCCGUCACUGUAGCUCCAUGCAAUCCUCAAUAGUGGCUUCCCCACCCGCCCGUCCCACUAUUCCAGCCCGUUACGGUUUUCCUCUUUCACCCUCACUCGCAUUUACAAACAUGUACAUUGUAUACAAUACUGCCCAUUUCAGCCAGCAUUUCUUUGCGGCCACCAUCCGCCUAGAAAUUUUGACAGCUGCCGUCUCUCUCUGCCCUGCUUCCCGACUGCACUGAGCUGCCUUGCUCCUGUCAUUCUUCCUCUCCUCCUGUCUUAUUCUUACACCUCGCCUCCCUUGCCCUUCGUGUGCUUCUAUCCUUUCCUUUGUGCCCCUCCCUGCACCUCCUUCUUGCUCUGGUUCGGUUCAACCCUCUCUUGCCCGCUACUGUGCUCUGCUGCCGCCCUUGCUCGAGUCACGGGACCCUGGUAGUCCUUACCGCCGCUUGCCGGACCAGCUGUCUCCCCUUCAGCCAGUCUUGAGAACCCUUUUCCUGCCCCGGCAGCCGGGCCACAUUUGUGGCAUGAUCCUUUCUCAUCUUCUAGUACAAUCACCCCUGACUCGUGCACGUCUUUCACUCUCCAGCGCUGGUGGGUCACACCCACGUCUUAUGUGUCUCCUUUCGCUCUCCGCAUGUAUACUUCCUCCUCUACCUCCAACGCAGGUGCCUUUCCUUUUCCUUCUUGUCCCUGCUGCUGCUUGUAGCGAUGAAUGUCCUGCCGCUUUGCCACCUGCAGGCUCUCCAGUGCCGCAGGCAGCAGGCCUUUCAGGUACUGAGCCCUUUUGAGGCGCCUCAAGAGCCCUAGCGUCUGCCACGACGACCUAGUUCUCUGCCGUUCCUUCUGUCACGGUGUCAGUCAGCAGCUUCGGAGCUGCACCCGGCAGCACUGGCUCCUUCCCAAAGAGCAAAUAGUAGGGGGACAUGUCCCUCAAGGCUUCCUGUCUGCUGAACUGGUACCCCGCCAUCACCCAGGACAGCUGCAUGUCCCAACCCGCCUUUCUAGCCUCCCCAUACGCCCUGAGCCCUUUCUUCAGUGUCUGCACCAGUCGCUCCAUAAGCUCGUAGUACGAUGUCACCCUGUGUUGAACCCGCACUGCGUCAGCAGCUGCUGGAACUCUCCCUGGAACUCCUAGUAAGUCACCACCUCCCCACACGCGCCAAAUUGAGUCAGCACCAUCUCUUCAUAGGCUUCUGCUACUCCUGAUGCCACCUUGCUCACCAGUGCCUUCGCUUCCGCCCACUUGCUGGUGUGCUCUAUCAUCAACAAUAUGUACCUUCUGCCCCUCAUGCUGACUGCUCACGCACCAGGUCUAUGGACUAUCGGUAUCCCAGACCGACAAUCAGCAGUGGGCUGAGUGUUGCUUUCUCGUGCUCCAGCUUUACUCGGUUCCUGAUGCACGCCUCACACAGCUCCACCUACCUCACCUUCCUCCGCGUCCACUCCCCCCCACCUGCCCCCCUCCCCGUGCUGCCCAAGCUUCGAUCCCUCAUAGUCGGGUCGUACCCUCACACCUCGCGCUUCCUCGCCGCCCUCUCCCUCUUCCCCUCCCUCUCCUCCCUCCGCAUCCUCAACCUCUCCAUGCACAACCAACAGUCCGCCCUCUCCUGCCCUCCCUCACUCAAAUGCCUCCAAAUCUGCAACUUGGCCACUCCACUCCUCCCCGACUCCCUCCGAUUCUUCUCCUCCCUCACUCGCCUCGACGUCUUCCAAUGUGUGCCGCUCCGCGCCCUCCCCUCCUUCCUCUCCUCCUUCUCCUCCCUCUCUCACUUCUCGUUUGAGUGUGGCCCAGUGGUGGUGCCUGUGUGUCUGGAGGGGUAUAUCGAGGGGAAAACCUGGGCCCGAGAGGAGGAGGGGAGGAAGGGGUGGCGGUUUCAGAGUGCAUUUGAGGGGUCGUCGUUGAGUGCGGAGCGGAAGGAGGAGCAGAGGGAGUUCUGGAGGCAGGUAGGGGAGGAAGAGGAGGAGGAAGAGAAGCAGCAGGUGGAGGAGGAGGUGGGGGAGCGAGGGGCGUGGGUGCUAGGGGUCCAGGAGGUGGGGCUAAGAGGGUCAACCAAGAACCGGAAUGGCAAGAAGCUUUAUCCUCCCAGUCAGUCUCAGUCACCACCAGAGCUGUUACCACCGAAGGUGUUAUCACCAGAGCUGUUACCACCAGAGGUGUUACCACCAGAGGCGUUACCACCAGAGGCGUUACCACCAGAGGUGUCACCACAGCAUGGUCAGUACAACAGCAGCAGUGCCAAUGCCAGCACUCCCAGCAGCGUGCAGCUGUUGCAGCUACCACCAGAGGUGGUACAGCACGUGUUGCAGCGGCUGCAGGGGCCUUCAGAUCAGGCUGCAGUGAGAGGUGUGUGCCGCGAGUGGCGCCGCUGGUGCCGCCUCCACACCUCCACCUUCGCCCUCGCCCUCCACCCCCUCCUGCUCUCCUGGGUGCCCCUCGCCCUCAUCCAACCCCCUCCCGCCGCCUCCUCCCUCUCCUCUUCUCUCUCCCCUCACUCCUUCUCGUCAGCCCCCUCUUCGAGAGUGGUCUGCAGAAGCGGCAGCAGGAGAGGGCAGCACGGGACGACGAGUCUCAACACUUCCCCUCGUCUCCCCGCCUCCUCAUGGGACCCCGCGGAAUCCCCCUUCUGGCUCAUCCACUCCUCCCCACCCACCUGCACCCUCUCCCUGCUCCCCUCCUCCCCGCCUCCCUUCACUUUCCCCCAUCCCUUCACCAUCCCCCCUCCCAUCCCCCCCUCCUCCCUCUCCUCCUGCUUCACCCACCACCCGACCCGCUGGCAACCUCUCUCACCCAUCUGGUUCGCCUCUCUCCCCUCGCCCUCCUCCCUCGCCCGCACCCUCUCCCUCUACCCCGCCCUCUCUGCGCUCGCCCUUCCCUUGGUCUCCACCGCUGCCCUCCCACUCCACCCCUCCCACGUGCGCUCUCUGCUCUCCGCCGCUGCCGCUCAGCCCGCCCUCACGUCCCUCUCCCUCCUGCUAGAGGACGGGUUCAGGGGAAGCAAUGACUGGGGGUACGGCCGGGGGGAGUGGCUGGGCUAUCCUGGGGAAGCGAGUGACAGGGAGAAGGAGAUGAGGCACUGGUGGGAUGAGGCGAAUAGGGAGGUUGAGGGAGGGUUGCUAGCGGUGAUGCAGAGGUGCCGGGGACUUAAGGAGCUUCACCUGCAGGGGGAGACUCUUGCUAAGAGGCUCAGGCUCCCCCACUCUCUCUUCCGCCACUGCCCACAACUCACUGCGCUCUCCCUCCCCCUCUCCCGCCUCCCCUCCUCCCUCCUCCACCUCUCCCAUCUCACCUCCCUCUCCCUCGCUUUCCCUCUGGACCACAUGCCGCCCCACUUCGCCUGCCCAUCCCCGUUCGCCCACCUGCGCUCGCUGCGCUCGCUCUCCCUCCACGUGCGACACAUCCGCACCAGCUACGAGCGGGACAGCACGGACGGCAGCAGGUGGAGAGGCGUGUCGGACGAUCUCUUUCUCGGGCUCAACGCCUCGUCCCUCGCGUCCCUCUCGCUGGACCUCCCCACCGGCAUGCCUGCGUCCUUCUCGUGCCUCACUGGCCUCAGCAGCUUGAACGCGAGCCAGGGGAUUCUGGGACUGGAAGAGAUUGAAGAGGGAGGGGUAGGUGAGGAGGAGGAGGAGGAGGAGGCGGAGGGGGAGGAGGAGAGGGAGGAGGAGGGGGAGGAGGAGGAGGGGGGGGAGGAGGACGACGAUGUCAAGCAAGGGUCUGAUUGCAGCAGCGGGCUGGGCAGCACAGACAUGGCGUCACGACUCAAUGACGAGCGGCUGCUACCUCUCUGCAACCUCACGUCCCUCUCCCUCCCCCACUACCACUCCUUCCCCCCUCUCGUCCGCCACCUCACCCGCCUCACCUCCCUCUCCCUCCCCUCCCUCAACCUCCAUGACCACCACCGACACCCCAACGCUCCCCCACUCUGCUCUCUCCGCCACGGCCUCUCCCGCCUGACCCGCCUCCAAGAGCUCUACAUAGGCUGCAGCAACGUCUGCGAGGGCUCCGAAUCCGCCUGCCUUCCCCGCUUGCCCCGCCUGCGCCGCAUUCGCGUGCAGUGCCCCGAUGAGACGGUCAACAUUGGGCGGCUCAUUGCCAAGGUGGCGGGGUCCCUGGAGCAGCUGGACGUGCAGGCCGACUGCCGCAACUACUCAUCCGGAAAUCUCACUCGCACGGUACAAUGGUGGGGGGGGAACAACCAUGGAACCGGCUAUGGAAACGGCGCUGAAUGGACGUGUCCGGUGUUUCGGAAGCUCAAGGUGCUGCAGCUGGCGACCUCCGGCCCGGCCUCUCGAGUGGACAUGGCUCUGCUCCCUGCCCUAGAACACAUGGCGUGUGCCCGCAACCGCAGUGUGGCGUGGGGGGUGGAGCACGGUUUCUCUGCCAACCUCCGCUUCCUGCACUUGGACAGUGCGAGGAUCAGUGGGUACGACGGCGACCCUCAGCUGACGCAGCUGACUUCGCUCACCACGCUCGUUGUCGAGAAUGCUGACUGCCGGGACUUCCUUGCAUGCCUCUCCGCCCUCUCCUCCCUGCGCACCCUCCGCCUCUCCAACCUCCUCAGGGGAUUUUCCGAGCCCUACCUCACCUACCCCCCUCUCCUCGCCACGCUUCAGAUUUGCCGCUCCGACCUGCCCUACCUCCCAGCCUCGCUGGUUAAGUUUGCCUGCCUCACUCGGCUUGAUUUGCUGCACUGGCGCUGCCUGCACUCGCUCCCGCCCUUCCUCUCCUCCUUCACUUUGCUCCGCCACUUCAGGGUAUCCUGCAAUGGCCCUAGGCCCAGCGUGCCUGCCUGCCUGGGUGACUUUCUCAGGGGUAGAGAUUGGUAUGAGCAUUCAGCAUGUGACGGUAGCUUUUCGAGUUGAAGUCAAGCCAGGUCAGGCCAGGCCAAGAGAGAAUGGUGCUGCUGGUUGGGACUGGGUUGAGUCACGUUGUUCUUCACACCGGGUAGUGCGUUCUUGACUGGGACGGAGCACCUCUGCAAUCAAGGAAAUACAGAACCCACUGAAUCUACAUCACAUUGCAUUACUCUAUAUAAAUGCUGCAAAACAAAUGACACCUGUUAUG